UCCUCAAGUGAGGCUUUGAUUCUCAUUCAUUGAACCAAGUCAUCGCUCGUUCACUGCCUUCUCCGCCUAAGAUACAAUUGGCACAUUCAGUAUGGCACAAAUACCUCGCACCAUGAAAUCGCUCGUCGCGCCACGAUAUUGCACACCAGCCGACUACGAAAUUGUCGAGGUCCCUGUGCCCGAGAUCACAAAGUCCGAUGAGGUAUUGAUCCGGAUGCACGCAGCGGGCGUAAAUCCUGGCGAUACCCAGGUGGCAAGAGGGGAUAUGAGGUUCUUUAUAUCACUCAGGUCCUUUCCGAUCAGACUAGGAGUCGAAGGCGCGGGCGUCGUGGUCCAAGUCGGAUCAGAUGUCAAGACUUUCAAAGCUGGAGAUGAGGUCUAUAUGCUAGAGGCGGACCCCAGCAAUUUCUUCGAACACAGCGGUUUCAUCUCCGAGUACGCCAUUGCGGCUGAGCGGUUCCUGCUGCAUAAGCCAGCGAAUUUAACGUUCGAGGAGGCUGCGUCCUUCAUCGGAUCCACGCUGACAGGCCUCGACGCCUUCGACACGGCCUUGAAGCACAUGCCAGAGGGUGAGACCAUCGAGGGUAAGACGGUGCUCGUGUCUGCCGGACUCGGCGCUCUAGGCUCGAUCGGUACCCAGCUGGCCAAGAAUGUCUACGGGGCCGGCAAGGUCAUUACGACGGUCUCGACGCCCAAGGUCCCGCUCGUCGAGAAGUACACGCCCGGCAUCGUUGACGAAGUCGUCGACUAUAAGACACAAAGUGUGCUACAGAUUGUGCCGCGCGGCUCGGUCGACGUGGUUUACAAUGCGCCGUGGGACUUCACGGGCCUCUUCCCGCUCGCGAAUCCCAAGUCCGGAAUCUUCAUGACGGCCUCUGGGAUUCCUACUAGCCGAUUGAUACGUCCACUAUUUCCUAAGUUACCGCGUGUUGUGUUCUGGCUUCUGGAUAUUCUUCAAUGGUGGUAUUUGUGGAGGCUUGUGGGCACUUCGGUCUAUUACCAAAUGAUCCAAGGUCAGCCUUGGGAUAGGCAGAAGUUGGAGAGAGCCGGUGAGGUCAUCAAAGCCGGAUAUGUCAAGGCGGUCAUCGUCGUGGCAGCCUUUGAUGAUCUCGAAGCGGUUCGUCGAGGAUGUCAGCAAGUCUGCGACGGUCGCGGUGGACUUGGCAAGUUCGUGAUCAAGAUCAUUUAGAUCGCACUUGAAGAACGCUGAAAUCCUGUGCCAUCGAGCCUGCCGGGAGAAAGUGGCAUUGUUUGACACAAAAGCACACCGAGGAUACAACUCCGAUUGACCCUGAGUUUGAAGCAGCUGAUGCCUGAGCCGAUGACGUUGAAACUAUACCGAUAGAGCUAAUAGCCCACCCCACGUCAAUGAUGGUCGCUAUAUCGUUGCAACGUUGUGUGUGGUGUGGCUGGGAUAGUUAAUGGAGAGCUCUCUUGUUGCACUUCGGCGGUCUGGACGAUAAGGCGGAUUGGAUGAUGUUUGGUUU